AUGCAGGCGGCCGCCGCUACGGCGCCGGCGCCGCGCCACCGCGUGUACACGGCCGUCGAGCCCCGGUGCGAGUGGGCGCGCGCGGCCGACGCCGACACCCUCGUCGUCGACGUCUCAGGGUUCGUGAAGGAGGAGCUGAGGGUGCUCUACAACACGAGCCGGAAGCUCAAGGUCGCCGGCGAGCGCCCCGUCGGCGACGGGGGCAAUGGCGGCGCGCGAUGGGCGCGGUUUCUCAAGUCGUUCCCGGUGCCUAAGAGCGUCCGCACCGGCGGCAUCAGGGCCGUCAUGGACAAGGACCAGGCCGUGCUCUACGUCAUCCUGCCCAAGGGGUCACCACCAACAACAACAGGUCCUCCACCACCACCACCGCCACCGCCGUUGUCGUCGGCCAUGGCCACGGAGGAGCAGCAGCCUGGAAGCGCCAUGCCCCCGCCUCACGGAGAGCGGAAAGGCGAUGGCUCGUCAGGCGGCAGCAGCAGCAGCAGCAAUGGCAGCUUCUGGAGCGCCCAAGAGGACGCAGGGAAGAACAGGGCUGAAGAGAAGAACAUGGAGACCAAGAUUCAGAUACAGGAGGAGGAGAUCGCCACAGCAGAUACACCGAGAACUGAUGGUGGUUCCGACGCAAACACCGUGGAAAAAGAUGGUGGCGACGAUGAAGGUGAUGACAAGAGGUGGUGGGAGAAAAUGAAGCUCAGGCCUCUGCAUGUGGUUGGCUUCGUUGUCCUCGUGCUUGCUGUGGUAGGAAUUGGUGCACUGUAUGCAAUGCUGCUACUCUGAAACAUGUACUACAGUUUGUAACUCUCAAAUAAGCAGAUAACUUGUGCAGAUCAAGGAGAAACUCAGAGAUGCAGAACAAUUUUCAUUCAACUCUGUUUAUAACCGCGACAAGACCACACAACCUGUAAACAAUGAGACCACCCACCAAACACAUAGAAUACAACGUAUGCCAUCAACAUGUAACAGUUUUACCAUAA